AUAACUCGCGUGCGUGGCUAAAACAUUUUUAUCUCUAUUUCAAAACAAAAACACUGUUCUCUAUCAUUGUUUUAACAGUGCGUUAUUUCAUAUUGUUACCUACAAAUAAAUAAUACUGUAGACGUUUUUUCGAAACUGAAUAUAAAGUGAAUUGUGUUUUUAUUUAUAAAAAAAGAGAUAAAAAAAAGGAAAAUGUAGAGUUCCAUUCCAUUGUGAUGUGCUCUUAUCAAAAUGACUUGAGACUCAUCACGACCGUCCAUUGUUAGUGAGAAAAUAUUUACGUCGUGAAAAAAACCACAUUACAAACAAAAAGGUGCUUAAAUGAAUAAUAACAAAUACAAAUUUCAAACAAAAAUUCAACGCUGAACUGUUUAUAAGCUCACAUUCGAUAUUCAAAACUAUAAUUCUAGUAAAAGUUAUCGCAGCAACUUUCAUCCAAAAAAUUUGUUAAAUUGGAUGAAACCAAAGAGUACCUAUACUCAAAAACGUUUUUUUUUUUUUAUAUUUUGUGGAAAUAAAUUUUGGCUGUCAGUGUUCAUACAUACAUAUAUACAGCUAUUUUACGUUAUUAAAUAUUUAUACACUUGCAGCGAAUCACAGAAUCAAAGAUGUCCUUUAUGGAGAUUGCAUUUCAAGCGGAGAUAAACAGAUCUGAAGAUCCGGAGUUUGAAGAGUGUGCGCGCCGCAAUUGUAAUGAGGAUCCAAAGACUAGGCAUUUAGUCAUUGAAGAGUUGAGAAACAUGAUAUACCAGAGAGGCGAAUGCCAUCCACGGCGGACUGACGAUGCGUAUCUCCUCCGAUUCCUGAGAUGUCGAAGAUUUAUACCGGCACUUGCACAUAAAUUGAUGGUACGUUAUGAGGAUUUUCGUCGGAAAAAUUUGUAUCUAUACCACUGCAAUGCAUUCGGAUUACAUCGUGUCAAGGAUGUCUAUGGAGGAACCUUCCCUGAUAGUCCUGUGAAUGGGAGAAUCACACUCAUGAGAUUUGGUCGAUGGGAUACGGAUACAGUUCCAAUAGAAGACGUAGUGCGCUGUGCUCUUGUUAUGGACGAGGUGGCGGCCUUGCAGCCAAAGCUACAAAUCCUUGGCGUUACUAUAAUCGUUGAUUUAGAAGGUCUUAGUUUUCGCCACGUUAGACAUUUGACACCCACCAUUGCGCACCAGAUCGUCAGCCUAAUGGGGGUGUCAUUUCCAAUACCAAUACACGCGCUCCACGUCAUCAGAUACAACUGGAUUCUGAACACUUUCUUCUACGUCUUCAAGCAGUUCAUACCCGCAGCUGCUUGGGAACGCCUGCAUUUCCACGGCUACGAUAUGUCGUCCCUCCACAAACACAUCGACCCUGAGUAUCUUCCCCCCGAAUACGGGGGAAGAUGUAGACACGUCAUCACAUUCGAGGAAUGGGUUAGAAAAGUUGACAGAUACAAGGACGAUUUUAUGGUUCAAGAGUUAAGGGAAUUAGGCUUUACUGUGGAAAAGAAAUUAGUAUCUAAUUUUAAUGGCUUUUUUUUUCGAGUAUGACGUCGUAGUUUUUUUUUAAUAUAGUUUACUUAAUCAAAGGUGUGAUUUUUAAAUUUUAUUUUAACUAACGUUGCACUUUUAUUAUAUUUUUAUAUUGUAUUUGCGUCUUGCAUGGCAGACGUCCUGCCAAUUAUUAUGGCAAUUUGUUAAACACUUACUCUAUUCCAAUACAAGUAGGAAUCAAGGUAAAUAAACAACUUUGACCUUGAAUUAUCAUGACAUUUCAGUUUGACUAGCGAGCAGAGAAUUAUUGAAUGAGUAAAAAGUAUGGAACGAUAUACUUCAUUCGUUUCAAGCGUAAUUUUAUAAAAAUUUUAAUAGAUAUAAUAUAUUAUGUGGAUUGCAAGUAAAAUAAAAAUAAAAACUUUUAUUAAACAAAAAAAUAGAUUCGGUUUCUUAGCACUCAACAUUUGUGAUAAAUUGAUUGAAUUGAUUUGUAGGGUCAAACGUCGUAUUAAGAAUUCCAUCUAUUUUUUUUAAUUUUUUCGUCCUCUUUUAUUACAAUGCACUUAUUAGCUUAAAAAGAGGCAGUUAUUUUUAAUCACAAAAACACUCACAAAAACUUUAGUUUCUUUUCAAUCUAGAUUAUAUUCCUAAAAUAAUUAAAAACAUUAAUUUAUGUUUUAAUAAUAAAGUAUAAUUUUCAAGAAAUCUUAUGUGACGUAUUUUAUAAUACUAAGACUUCAAUUAAAGAAAGAUAUUUUGAAUAUCUUUCAAAAAAACUCUAAUUUUAUAUUUUAUACAAAAUGGCUAUAAAUGAAAUAAUAAUGUUCUAUAUAAUCUAAUAACUUAGUCCGUGUUGAAGGGAAAACAAAAGUCAGUUGGCAAAAGCAAAAGGCCGUAAAGGCAAAAACAAAGUAAAUAAAAAAUUCCAAAUAAUCACCCGAAAUCAGAUCAGAAACGAAUUUUUUACUUUUGUAUUAUUUUCAA